GAAUACCGCGGACAUCGUAAAGACUGUUUGUCGUGUGAUAGGCUAGACGACUGUGGACGUUUAACUAUGUCCAUGGUUUUUUCCGUAGUUGAUUAACCCCUCAUCGUGAAUAAAAGUUUCGUACGGUACGUAUUGUUAGCGGUAUAAAGUUAAGGUGGAAGAAAAUACUCGGAAUGCAACGUAUAUACAAACCGAUACAGGCCAAUAUACCAGGUGCAGGAUAGACUAUGCAAAAGUGAGUGAGGGCGCACAACUCGCGCCCUGGGAGGCGAGGCAUUUCUCGCCGUAUUUGUCAUACCACUUGCGUGUAAAAGGUGGGCGACACGACGACAGUAUAUUUGACGCGCCUUCGUGCCAUCUCUUACGUACGUCGUAAACGUCGUUCAAUUUCCGGACUCGAGUUUCCUGAAAACGACGUCCUUGACUGGUUUAACCCAGCCUUUAACAUGGCCUCCAUAAAACAAGCAUUUAAUGAGGCAGUAGAAAGAGUCUCAACAGUUAGAAUGCCUGCACCAACACGGUUGAGGGAUCUCAUCAGACAAAUAAGAGCUGCUAGAACUGCAGCAGAAGAGAGAACAGUUGUUAACAAAGAAUGUGCUUACAUUCGUUCAACAUUUAGAGAAGAAGAUAGUGUAUGGAGAUGUCGUAAUAUUGCAAAACUUUUAUAUAUUCAUAUGCUUGGAUAUCCAGCUCACUUUGGCCAAUUAGAAUGUUUAAAACUUAUUGCAUCUCCAAGGUUUACAGAUAAACGAAUUGGUUACUUGGGUGCAAUGUUAUUGCUAGAUGAACGACAAGAUGUUCACCUUCUAAUUACAAAUUGUUUAAAGAAUGAUUUAAAUAGCUCCACACAAUUUGUUAUUGGUUUGGCAUUAUGCACUUUAGGUGCAAUUGCAUCACCAGAAAUGGCAAGAGACUUGGCAUCUGAGGUUGAUAGGUUAAUGAAAUCACCAAAUGCAUAUAUCCGGAAAAAAGCAGCUCUUUGUGCAUUUAGAAUUAUUAGACGUGUACCAGAAUUGAUGGAAAUGUUUUUACCUGCUACACGUAGUUUGAUUACAGAAAAGAAUCAUGGUGUGUUAAUUACAGGUGUUACCCUUAUCACAGAAAUGUGUGAAAACAGUGUUGAUACAUUGAAUUACUUUAAAAAGAUUGUGCCAAAUCUUGUAAGGAUUUUAAAGAAUCUGAUACUAGCAGGGUAUUCUCCAGAACAUGAUGUAUCUGGUGUAUCAGACCCUUUUCUUCAAGUAAAAAUAUUACGUCUCCUUCGAAUUUUGGGACGUAAUGAUAUUGAUGCAUCCGAAGCAAUGAAUGAUAUACUUGCACAAGUUGCAACAAAUACCGAAACUAGUAAAAAUGUUGGAAAUACAAUAUUAUAUGAAACUGUAUUAUCUAUUAUGGAUAUAAAAUCUGAAAGUGGACUCAGAGUUUUAGCAGUGAAUAUAUUAGGUCGAUUUUUAUUAAACAAUGAUAAGAAUAUUCGAUAUGUUGCUUUGAAUACAUUACUAAAAACAGUGUAUGUAGACACAAGUGCAGUACAAAGACAUCGUUCAACAAUCUUGGAGUGUUUAAAAGAUCCAGAUGUAUCAAUUAGAAGACGAGCUAUGGAACUCAGUUUUGCACUUGUAAAUUCAAACAAUAUUAGAAACAUGAUGAAAGAAUUAUUACUUUUCUUGGAACGUGCUGAUCCAGAGUUUAAAGCACAGUGCAGUAGUAACAUAGUAAUGUCUGCUGAAAGAUUUGCGCCGAAUAAACGUUGGCACCUUGAAACACUCUUCAAAGUUCUUGUUGCUGCUGGUAAUUAUGUCCGGGAUGAUGUGGUAGCUUGUACCAUUCAAUUAAUUUCAGAAACACAGUCACAGCAAGGUUUUGCUGUUAGUGCAUUGUGGAAAGCGUUAGAAAAGGAUACAUCUGAUAAGCAACCUUUGGCUCAAGUAGCAACAUGGUGUAUUGGUGAAUAUGGCGAUUUAUUAUUGUAUGCACCACCGUCAGAAGAUGUAGAUGCUCCGGUCAAUUUAACGGAAGACGAAGUUAUUGAUGUCUAUCAAAGGUUAUUGUGGAAUCCACAAAACACAGUUAUUACAAAACAAUAUACUUUAUUGUCUCUCACAAAACUGAGUACAAGAUUCCAAAAGGGUAAUGAAAAAAUUCGUCAGAUAAUUGAUACAUUUGGGAGCAAUUUACAUAUAGAGUUACAACAGCGAGGUAUCGAGUUUUCACAAUUAUUUAGAAAAUAUGACCAUUUACGACCUGCGCUGCUAGAAAGAAUGCCCCCUAUGGAAACAGCAAGACCACAAGCUAAUGGAAUUAUCGGUAUGGUAAAUGGAGAACCAGAACCAGAAGAAGAAAAGUCAUCUGUUUUAGAAGCAAGUACCCCACCAUCUGAUUCAAGUGCACUUCUAGAUUUGCUUGGAACUGCUGACUUAGGAAUGACCCCAUCAGUAUCAAAUAAAAAUCCACCUGUUAAUGCAACAACCAUAGUAAACAAUAACGAUCUCUUGGAUCUACUUGGUAGUUUGGAUUUAAGUGCACCAACACCUACAUCUGUACUACCACAGGCACAAACGCCAUCGCAAAUAUUUAGUCCCACUAAUACAACCAACUUUUUAGUGGACGGUUUACUUAAUUCGUCAUCAGUUCAAAAUGAUACUCCUACUAUGGUUGUAUUGGACAAAGCAGGACUUAAAAUAACUUUUAGAUUAGAAAGACCACCUGAUAUCGCUGAUUUAUUAAUUAUCAGUAUGUCAGCUCAUAAUUCUGGAAGUGCUAUAUUGACUGAUUUCUUGUUUCAAGCAGCAGUUCCUAAGACAUUCCAACUACAAAUGUUGUCUCCAUCAAGCACAGUUAUUCCGCCUUCUGGACAAGUUACUCAAAUAUUGAAAAUUACAAAUAUCAACAAAGUACCUCUAAGAAUGAGAUUACGUAUAUCUUAUACUGGACCAGCAGGACCAGUUUUGGAACAAACGGAAGUAAAUAAUUUUCCUUCUUUAACAUCACAGUGACAAGAUAUAUUAAGGAAGACAAUUGUACAUAUGCCUGUUUAAAUAAGUAAUUGAGUCUUAAAUAGACUGAAACCCAAUUUCAUCUCUUCAUCGGGUAAAGUGAAAACAUAUUGGUAA